GCGUGUGCGCACCCACGCUGUUCUAGAGAGCGGACAAUUCACCGGACCGUUAUUCAUAUUUCUAGACUACAAUCAUUUACCACCGACAUGGAGAAGAGCGAAAUUAACGGGCACGCAAUGGCCAACUCGGUCUCCACCGACAGAAUCUUGGAGAAGAGAGAAAAGAAAAGCUUUAAAGACAAGUUGUUGAUGUUUUUGAAUAUAAAUUUGUUAGUGAUAAUGACGGUGUCCGGGGUACUGGUUGGCGUAGGUCUUGGAAUGAUGGUCAGAAAUAUGAAUCUAACCCGGGCGCAAAUGACUUAUUUCGCCUUUCCCGGAGAGAUGCUUCUAAGGAUGCUGAAAAUGAUCAUCCUGCCCCUGGUUGUAUGCAGUCUCAUUUCAGGCGCUGCCAGUUUAGACACUCGCUCCUUAGGGAAGCUAGGGGGAAUUGCAGUUACCUACUUCUUGGUUACCACCCUUAUUGCAUCGGGAAUCGGUGUUUCUCUGGCGUUCAUAAUCAAACCCGGAGUCGGUGCAGGAGCUCUGAACACCAACAACCUGGGUUUGGAAAGUGUCACUAACAGCAAAGAAACGGCCGAUUCCUUUCUUGAUCUUGCAAGGAAUUUGUUUCCAGCUAACCUGGUGGCAGCGGCCUUCCGCUCCUAUGCAACCGAUUACAAGAUGGUCGCUGUGGGAAAUGACACCAAUGGAACCAUUCUCUACCAAAAGGUUCCCGUUGGCACAGACACGGAUGGAAUGAACAUCCUGGGUCUGGUCCUGUUUGCCAUGGUGUUUGGGGUGGCUCUCAGGAAGCUGGGAGAAGAGGGAGAGGAGCUCAUUCGCUUCUUCAAUGCCUUCAACGAGGCCACCAUGGUGCUGGUGUCCUGGAUCAUGUGGUACGUUCCCUUUGGCAUCAUGUUCCUGGUUGGCAGCAAGAUUGUGGAGAUGGACAAUGUAGUUCUUCUGGUGACCAGUCUAGGAAAGUACAUCUUUGCCUCCAUCUUGGGUCACGUCAUCCACGGGGGGAUUGUUUUGCCCCUCAUCUACUUUGGUUUCACCCGGCAAAACCCCUUCAGCUUCCUGUCUGGCCUCAUCACCCCCUUCACCACUGCCUUCGCCACCUGCUCCAGCUCUGCGACGCUGCCCUCCAUGAUGAAAUCUGUAGAGGAAAACAACGGCGUGGACAAGCGCAUCAGUCGCUUCAUCCUCCCCAUCGGAGCCACCGUCAACAUGGACGGAGCGGCCAUCUUCCAGUGUGUGGCGGCCGUCUUCAUCGCCCAGCUCAACAACCACGAGCUGAACGCGGGACAGAUCUUCACCAUCCUCGUGACGGCCACCGCGUCCAGCGUGGGCGCUGCAGGAAUCCCAGCAGGAGGCAUCAUCACCAUCGCCAUCAUCCUGGAGGCCAUCGGCUUGCCCACCAAUGACCUGUCUCUCAUGCUCGCUGUCGACUGGAUUGUGGACCGUACCACCACCGUGGUGAACGUAGAGGGGGAUGCUCUGGGUGCCGGCAUCCUCCACCACAUCAACCAGCAGGAGAUGAAGAAGCUUCAGCAGGACCCCCAGGAGCUGGCGGAGGUCCGGGUGGAGGCACAGGCCAACGCCCAGGAGGGAGAGGAGACCUCCCCGCUCGUCACACACGUCCCUGUGGACGUCAGACCAGGCACGUCCACCCCGGAGGCCGUCGAGUCUUUCCUGUGAACCGUCAACAUAGGGAGUCAGGUGGCUAAACGGUGAGGGAGUCGGGCUAGUAAUCAGAAGGUCGCC